UUUACAUUGAAUAAAAGCUGUAAAAACCGCAGACGCCUCUCAAUUCAGUCUCAGUGUACUGUGACAAAAGACAAUUGCAAGUUCUGUAGUGCACUGUGUUUAUUCUCAGCUCUCUCCAAAAUGAUGGCCGUGAUGCAGCAAGAUUCUUCCAAUGACUUUGUGAUCACCACAGAGAAACUUGAAGAGCUUAAAGGAAACAUCCCAAGAGCAGGACCCAAAUACAGAUUGGGCAUGUACUUCGAAACAAUUCAUGGAGUGUCAGAUUUCGAAGAAGUGUACACACCCUCCGAGGAUGGAUACACUAGUUACUGGGAGACUGACACUGAAGUGGACACUGAACUAGGCAACUUGUUAUUUACCGAUGUAACAGGAGACUCGGCCUCUGUGAUAUGUAUCGAUGAAGCAGUGGACAUACUCGCACUUCGAGAGCAGCGUUUGCAAGAGCAGGUUUUGCGACAAGAGCGGGCACGAGCUGCACAAGAAUUGGGCCACCAGCAAGAAGAGCACGUUCUGGAGAGAUCAACAGAAAGCAAACGAUCAAUGGCCUCUAGACAAUCGAGACGAUCACAUAACUCCGGGUCGGAUGGGAUGUACGAUGAACCGCCCCCUCUUCCCCCACGUCGUAUCAGUACAUGUACAGAAACCACGAGUGCCGAGGAACACACUUACGAGACUUUGGACGAUUUGCAAGAUGAUUACAAAAUGCAUAUAGAGAGAGGAUCUGGUUCGCCAAUGAACAAAGAUGAGUGUGACAGCGAUCAGAGCUCGGGGAAAGGAAGAACUCGAUCACCACUAUUAAACUUCACCAAGGCUAGGAGUAACAGUACCCCUACUUCAACAAACGAUAGUAGCCACCAGAGACAUAGAAGGAAGGUGUCUGACCCUCUCCACAUUGCAGACUUCACUCAGAAGAGAAAGCGAUCAGAUAAAGUUUCCCCCAAAGGCACGUACCCUCCUCCAGUGAAAGGAUACUCAAUUCCUUUGGGCAUCCCCGAAGAGUACCCGGACUAUAUGACCAUUCCCUCAGAGAAGAGACUGCAAGCUGCACCGCCAACCUCGCCUAACAGACACGCCCCCGAGAGACGAUUAUCAGAUUGUCGCAAAUCGUCAAAAUUGCAACGAUCUCCUUCCCUGAUCAUCAAACACAAGGGGCAGACUUUCAUGAUUCCUGUGGUCGAUAAGAAGCUCCAGCAAAGACUAGAGAAAGUAAAAGGACCACCUAAAACGUCUCCACUCUACGCGACAGUUAUGAAGCAGAGUACGCAUAGCAAUCUGACCAGGGCCACUAGCGACCCUUACAAUAGACACUCGGGUCGACAGAUUAGCCCGCCAAAAGAAACACAAGAAUUGUCUAAAAGCAAGUCAACCAAAAGACAUUCGCAAACCAACGCAAUGUCCAAACAAGUGACUCACUAUGGUGUGUUAUAGUAGCCUCAAUAAUUAUUUCUUUGUAUCUGUGCUUUUGAGAUAUUAUACUGUGAGUAUGUAUAUUUCAAGACAGGUAGUUAUAUAAUGUGAAUGUCCUCCCUCUAUUUCUUAUCUCUCUUUCAACUAACUUAUUUUGUAACGCAGAACUCCUCAUCUCAUGUGUGAAUUUUUCUUAUGUUUGUUGCUUGAAACUGGAAGUUUGAUGUA